ACCAAUCUUUAGAGUUAUUUCACCGACUUCACUCCCCAUCAUGCAGACCGUGAAGCGAAGACACAAAAACAAAGGGACUUUGUAACCGCAAGACUCUGCGCGUGCGUAUCAUGGAAACAGACUGGAGUGUGCUUCCCGAUCCUUUCCUUGUUAACGUGUUUUCAUUUCUCGGUGCUCGUGAUCUCACCGUAAGCGGAGUGGUGUGUUCUUGCUGGCGAGGCGUAUCUCUAUCUCGCCGCCUUUGAAGAUCGACUUCAAAAUUUACUCGUUUCCAGAAAAGCAAAGGCCUUUGUACAAAGAAUACAGACGUCUUGCACAUAUUAGCAAUGUUCUUGACGCAAAGAUUAUUAAAGAACACAUCGAUGAGGUAUGGCAUGUGGGUUUCUCCCAUGAUAGAACUCUGCUAGCAGCAGCUGGGAAAGAAGGUCGUCUGAUUGUCUGGAACACCAGCAACUUGGAGAGACUCGAAAUGCUAUGACAACUCAGUGUGCACGAGCCUCCAGUUAACAGCAAUGAAAUCAUGUAUGUAGAAUUCAGCCCUGAUGAUCGUUCUCUAUUGGCUAGUGUGAGUGUGCAACGACAGAAUUUUGAUGCCUCGGCUAUUGUCUGUAACUCAAAAACGGGGACUGUUCUUCUUAUCGUUCAAGAUCUAUUCCUAAAUGUGUUUGCAACCUGGUAUAGUAACAGUUGGAUUGUGACUAGUUACUUUUAUGGUACACUGGGAGGUUGUUUAUCAUCACUAUCUUGGAUGUCGGGAACAUAAAAGAAGGGACGUGUACCAAUCAGAGUGUUCACAUGUACCAAUCAAAAGUUGAUGUUGUUUGUGUCAUGUUUGAUUAUCACAACAUUCGUCAAUUGCAGCAUUGUAAGAUUAUUCGCCCUCGACGGCACCAAACCGUUCUCUUCUGUCAACUGAAUAUGGAUGACGUCGAUCACUUUGCGUCGGUUAAAAUAGCAAGCGAUGCCAAUAGUAAACCAUUGACACAUCGGCAAGACAACGAUGUGAUGGAAAGUCCACAAGAUCAGUUUGAUGGUAUAGUUGCAUUGGAUCAUCACUCGCACGCAUGUGGAAUUGUACUCUCUCGGGAUGAGAGCAAACUUAUUGCUUCAGUUGUGACUGAACGUCUUGAGGCAGUUAGAUUGUGUAUAUACGAUAUUGUUACACUACAGCUGCUGCACACACUGCCAUCAGACAAUAUGGCUCGUCCCAGUAGCUCCUACUAUCUGUUUCCUGGUGUGACAGAGGAAGUUAUUACCUGUGGAUCUGAUUCGGGCAUCAUUCACAUAUGGGAUUGGACAAAUGGCACCGAGAUAGGACAAAUACAUGGUCAUAAAGGGAUCUGUAGUGCCGUCACCUUCUGUCCAGGUCGACUCCAUGUGAUGGCAAGUGCUGGUGAUGACCACACUGUUCGAAUCUGGCACUUUCAACCUACUGCGAUUGAACCAACAAUGAACGAUAGCAAAUAGUGAUAGUAUAUUCAAUGUAAUGCUGGGUGUUUACAACACAGAGAAUGAGUAUGA